AUGACGGUGGGACAUCCAUAUCGCGAUGCGGCGCUGGAAAUCGCGCCCCAAUUGGUUGCUGCGGGCGCCGAUGUGAUCGAACUGGGCGCGGCUUUCAGCGACCCGAUUGGCGAAGGUCCGGUGAUCCAGGAGUCCAGUUUUGUUGCUCUGCAAAACGGCAUAACGCCGCAGGACUGCCUGGACACCGCGGCAGCGUUGCGCCCGCUGAUCGGUGAUACACCGGUGAUCUGGAUGGGUUACUACAACACCAUCAUCGCCGCCGGGCUGGAAAAGUUCGCUAAAGCCUGCUCCGAUGCAACCAUUGACGGUUUGAUAGUGGUGGACCUGCCCUACACCGAAGCAGAGCCGCUGGUCAGCCAACUGGCUCCGUUUGCUAUCCACCUGAUACCGCUAUUGGCUCCAACCAGCACCGACGAAAGCAUUCGAGAAACGGUUCGGUUGGCCGGCGGGUUCGUGUAUUGCGUCAGCGUGACCGGCGUGACCGGCGCACGAACAGAAAUGUCCGAUCGGGGUUUUCGAGCUGGUGGAUCGCGUACGCCAGCAAACCGAUCUGCCGGUUGCGAUCGGAUUCGGCAUUUCCAGCCGGGAGCAUGUUCUCGAAGUGGGCAAACGGGCCGAUGCGGCGGUGGUGGGAAGCGCCCUGGUGCGGGCGUUGGCCGACGGCCCGCCUGCCGAAGCCGGAAAGCGCGGCGCUGCUGUCGUUGCGAGCUUGUCCGGUCUCGGGCCCGAUUAAUCGACGCCGACAGGGUAAAAAAACGGAUGAUUCCAUUUGCGGUACCCGUUGACAUCCCGUUGGCACUGGAGUAG